AUGUCCGUCAGCCCAAACAUUCAGAACCUCUACCCUCUCUUCCCCUUGGCACCGCCGACCACGCCAAGCGCUCAGGCCGAAAUACGCACGCGCACAUCUGCGUCUACAGCGGCUCCUGGGCGACAGCCUCCGGAAUGCGCACGCGCGGUGCGCGGCGGUCGCCAUGGAGACGCGUGGCUCUGGCCGGUUCUUUUCGCCGGGAGCCGCGGACUCAGCUGCAGCUGCGGGUCUCGGGCUGCCCCGGGCGCUGGGGGUUGGCCCCGCGGGCGGAUGAAGGGUGGUGGUGGGACCGGGGCGUCGGGGUAUGGUGAGGAGGGCGAGGACAGCGGGGACGAGGAGGAGGAGGAGCAAGAGGGCGGCAAGGCGGGCUCGCAUGGGUCCAGACUGCCCCCCAUCGCAGGCUGCGCCUCAGAACUGACCAAACGGAAAGUAAAGAAGAAAAAGAAGAAAAAGGCCAAGGGGUCGGGCAAGGGGGACGAUAAACAUCAGAGUCGAACCCUGAAGAAUCAGCAGCUGUCUUCAUCCUUCCAUGACAUCUUAAGCCCCAGCAAAGAUCACGGGGCGGGGCCGGAGCACAGACAGGACAGGGAUGAAAGCAAGCUCACCCCUUCUUACUCCUCCGCCGCACGUCUCCCCGGCUUUGCCGAAAUAGAAGAGAACCUUUCCAACCGGGUCAACGAAAGUCUGCGUUGGGAUGGAGCUCUCGCCGACCCAGAGGCCGAAAAAGAAAGGAUUCGCAUCUAUAAGCUGAACCGGAGGAAGCGGUACCGGGUUUGGGCCCUCAAGGGCUUCCACGCGGACCUCGGUGCCGAGGAGACCCCCAAGAACCCCGCCUGCCUCUUGGACCAGGACGGCGCCCGAGCCGCAGGCGGCGCGCACUGAAUGCGGGGCGCACACUGAAUGCGGGGCAGCCGAAUUGCUGCUUUAAAGGAAACCUUAUUCCGAAGCUCCUACACUCCGUCCCAUCUAGCUACAACUAUGCCGGAGUGAAAACCCACCCAUGACGCGAACAAGCUUAUAAUUUAUCCUAACCACGAGCUGAUGUGUUAAAAAAAAAAAAGAAUAAAAAUAAAAGGAA